AUGUGGGUGCGGUUCGCUCCGCUGCGCCUGCCGCUCCGGCGGCGCCUCCAAACGGCCGCCGUCCUCCAGUGGGUCUUCUCCUUCCUGGCGCUGGCCCAGUGCUGCCUGGGGCUUUACGUAGUGCUGCUGCUCGGGGACGGCUGGCUGCUGGCGCUCGGCUACGCGGCCUGGCUCUACCUGGACUGGGAGACGCCGUCUCGCGGGGGGCGCCGCUCCACCUGGGUCCGCGGCUGGGCCGUCUGGCGAUACUUCCGGGACUAUUUUCCCAUCACGCUGGUGAAGACGGCAAAGCUGGACCCCUCCCACAAUUAUCUCUUCGGCUUCCACCCCCACGGGGUCCUGGUGGCCGGCGCCUUUGGGAACUUCUGCACCGAAGCCACAGGGUUCUCCCAACUCUUCCCGGGGCUCACCCCCCACCUCCUGAUGCUGCCUUUCUGGUUCAAGGUCCCCUUCUUCCGCGACUACAUCAUGAGCGGGGGACUGGUCUCUUCGGAAAAGGCCAGUGCUUCCUACCUCCUUGGCCAUGAAGGGGGCGGGCAGGUGGCCGUCAUCGCCGUGGGGGGCCCCCCUGAGUCGCUGGACGCUCGCCCGGGGGCUCUGACCCUUCAGCUACGCAGCCGCAAAGGCUUCAUCAAGAUGGCCCUACAACACGGAGCAGCGUUGGUGCCAGUCUUCUCCUUCGGGGAGAACGAGCUCUUCAAUCAAGUGUCCAACCCGCGAGGCUCCCUCAUCCGCAGGCUGCAGGAAGGGCUGCAGAAGGCCAUGGGGCUGGCCCUGCCCCUCUUCCACGCUCGGGGCGUUUUCCAAUACAGCUUCGGCCUGCUGCCCUUCCGGAGACCCAUCUACACAGUCGUCGGAGCUCCGAUUAUGGUGCCCAAGACGCCCCACCCGUCCGGAGAAGCCAUUGAUGAGCUGCACGAGACGUAUCUGGAGAAGCUGACUCAGCUCUUUGAGGAGCACAAGGCCAAGUACGGGCUGCCCCAAGACAAGCACCUGACCAUCAUCUAG